AAUCGCUGCUCAAAAGAUUGAAGAAGAGGUGAGGCUGGUUGGGGAUGUCAAAAAGGAAGUGAAAAAACUUCGGAGAAAUCUUGAAGCCAUUCAAGCUGUGCUACUUGAUGCAGAGGAGAGGCAAGUGAAGGAGAAACCUGUGAAACGUUGGUUAGAUCAGCUCAAAGACACAUCCUACGACAUGGAAGAUGUGUUGGAUGAGUGGAAUACUGAAAUCACGAAACUGCAAGUGGAGGGAGAUCUUCAAAAUUCUCUUGUUCCUAAGCAGAAGGUACGUUCCUUCUUCCUUUGUCCUUGCUUUGGUAUCAAACAAGUCGUUUUACGUCGUGAUAUAGCACACAAGAUAAAAGAAUUAAAUGAAAAUCUAGAUGCUAUUGCCCAAGAAAAAGAUACAUACAGUUUUAAGGAAAUGAAGAGUAUAGAAAGAUCGGAGUGAAUUCAAAGUACGUCUUUGGUUGAUGUGUCUGAAAUAUACGGGCGAGAUUAUGAGAAUAAUUCUUUAGUAAGUAAGUUGUUAAGUGAGAGCAAUGAAGAGCAAAAAAGCCUCCAUCUCAUCUCACUUGUAGGGAUGGGAGGAAUUGGGAAAACAACUCUUGCUCAACUUGCUUAUAAUAGUGAUAAGGUCAUAAACAAUUUUGAAACAAGAGUAUGGGUGUGUGUAUCGGAUCCUUUUGAUGAGUUUAGGAUUGCCAAAGCAAUAAUUGAAGGUCUUAAAUGUCCAACUGAUAAUUUAGUUGAAUUGGAGUCUCUUAUGCAAUGUCUUCGUCAAUCUAUUAUUGGUAAGAAAUUUCUUCUUGUUUUGGAUGAUGUGUGGUCAGAAGAUUACAACAAAUGGGAACCAUUUUAUCAUUGUUUAAAGAAUGGUUCCUAUGGUAGUAAAAUUUUGAUUACCACACGAAAAGAUACAGUUGCAUCUAUCAUGGGAUCAAUUGACCUUAUUACUAUUAAGGAAUUAUCUGAGGAACAAUGUUGGUUGUUGUUUAGACGAUUAGCAUUUUUUGGUAGGCCCCGUGAGGAGUAUGAAAAAUUAGAAGAAAUUGGAAGGGAUAUUGUUGCAAAGUGCAAGGGCUUGCCUCUUGCUGCAAAAACUAUCGGGAGUCUCUUACGAUUUAAAAGAACUAGAGACGAGUGGCAACGUAUUUUAGAUAGUGAAAUGUGGAAACUAGAGGAGAUUGAGAAAGGUCUUUUAUCCCCUUUGUUGUUGAGUUAUAAUGAUUUGCCAUCUAUGAUAAGACGGUGUUUUUCAUACUGUGCUAUCUUUCCAAAAGAUCACAAAAUAGAUAAACAUCGUUUGAUUAAAUUAUGGAUGGCUCAAGGUUAUCUUGGUUUAGAAAAUGAUACAGAGAUGGAGACAAUAGGCCAAGAGUAUUUUGAUCACUUAGCAUCACGAUCUUUCUUCCAAGAGUUUGAAAAAGACGAAGAUGGGAAUAUCAUAAGCUGUAAGAUGCAUGAUAUAGUUCAUGACUUUGCUCAAUUUCUUAGUAAGAAUGAAUAUUUUACUGUAGAAUUCAAUGGGGGCACCGAAGAGCUAGUUAUAAACACUUCCAAUGAGAAAGCUCGGCAUUCAAUGUUAACGCUUAACAAUGGGGCUACAUUUCCCAUCUCCAUUAGUAGCGUCAAAAGUUUGCGGAGUCUCUUAAUUGGUUGUGAAGGUUCUCCGUAUUUGUUGCCUAAUGAUGUUCUACCAAAUUUAUUUGGUGAAUUGACAUGUUUGAGGGCAUUAGAUAUAAGUGCAGGAUAUAUACGAGAGAAUUUGAUUACAGCCAUUCCAAAAGAGAUAAAGAAGGUGAUACAUUUGAAAUAUCUGAAUUUGUCUGGUCAGAGAGUAGAAAAACUUUCGGAAACUUUGUGUGAGUUAUACAAUCUGCAAACUUUAGAUAUUUCUUGGUGUGGAGAGCUUAAAGAAUUGCCUCAAGGGAUAGGGAAGUUAAUAAACUUGCGGCAUUUGAUUAAUCUUGGAACAAUAUCAUUAAGUUACAUGCCGAAGGCAAUUGAGAAAUUAACUCGUCUCCGAACAUUGAGUGAAUUCUUCGAAAGUAGGGGCCGUGGUGGUGAUGAUAGUAAAGCAUGUAGUACUCUUGAAUGUUUGAAAGCUUUGAAACAUUUACAAGGGAAGCUUGAAAUAAGAGGGCUAGGAAAUGUGAGUGAGGUUAAGAGUAUACAAGUUCUCAACAAUAAGAAAAGCCUCUUCUAUUUGAAGCUGAGAUUCGAUAAAGAUGGAGAAGGAGAGAGGAAAAAGGAAGAUGAUGAAUUGCUUCUUCUUGAGGCCUUGCAACCGCAUCCGAAUUUGGAGAAAUUAGAGAUGGAAAUGUACAGAGGCAGCACUUUUCACCCCAAUUGGGUGAUGUCAUUAACCAGGCUGAGGGAAUUGCGUCUCUACAGUUGCACAAACUGUAUGCAUUUGUCUCCAUUGGGAAAAUUGUCAUCUCUUGAAUCACUGAAGAUUCAUGGAAGGAUGAGUGUGAAAAAAGUGGUGUGGGGGAAAGACAGUGACGGCGAAUCGUCAUCUUCAUCAGUUAUUCAUUUCCCCAAGUUGAAAGUUCUUGAAUUCUGGGAGAUUUACGAAUGGGAAGAGUGGGAUUACGGGAAUACAAUCAUGCCAUGUCUUGUUUCCUUGUCAAUCAAUCGCUGUGGAAAAUUAAAUGCACUGCCUGACGGCCUUCUCCAGGGGGCGACAAAACUAGAACAUUUGCAGUUUUUUCAAAGUUCUCUUUUGGAAGAACGUUACAGAAAGGGAACAGGAGAGGACUGGCCAAAGAUCUCGCACAUUCCCAACAUCAAAUUUACUUAUUUCUAUCUGCAAGGAGGCCCCCUUCGUCGAGAUCUCAAAAGGCUGCAAUUACCAUCAACCCACAAAGGAGAUAUGCAGAAAUAUUGACCAUGAUGUUGAACUGCUCGAUGAUUUCAUUCUGAGUAAUUUAUGCUGGUUGAAGUGUUUUGCUGAAAGGAACAGAGCCAGAGGAGAUAGUUAUGCAACCAACCACAGGAGUAAAAACGAAGUCGGAUUUCACUUCUGUUACUCUUGUGUAUGAUUUUCUUCUUUUAGUUCUCUGUUUCAUCCUGUUUGGACAUUUUUUUCUUUUUCAAUAAAUUCAAACAAUUAACUGAUGGGAAAAUUUUCUUCAGUUACAAGUAUACAUUUCUUCAGA